AUGUUGAAUUUUAAUGUAAACAAAAGAGUGUGCAAAAUGUUGGAAAUAAAAGAUUUAAUUAAUUUUAAUAAGGAAAUACAGAUAGAAGCCUUCUAUCAUGCUAUCCAAAUAUAUCUAAAGAAGCCACAAGUUGUGAAUAGAAAGCUAAACACAACAAAGAAUAUUUUAACAGCAAGAACUAAAGAGAAAACAGAAAAUUUAUUAAAAGUUUUAAGUUCCAACGAAGAUGAGGCUGACAUACUAAAAUUAAGAGAUGUAGAACAUUUCAACACAAAACUGGAGGAUGAAUUUAAUCAUAUGGACGAGCACCAAGAAGAAAUUUUAUUUUCUUAUGAUAAAAUCAUCCCAAGAAAUGUCAGCAAGCAUAAAUCAUGUUACCAAUUGACAAUAUUCUGUAAAAGGUCUAAUUCAGUUAGCUUCUAUGCGAUAAAUGAUUGUACAAAAAUCCUGCCUGAUUUCAAUUAUACUAUUAAGUUUUCCAAUAAUCAGCUCCAAUUAUUGCUCAAUUCGAAUCAUUUUCAACAAGAAACAAAUUGGCUUCAAUUUGUAUUAAUUAAAAAAUUGUGUAGCUGGAUCGAAAGCUAUGAAGAGGAUACUAAUGAAAGAAUCGAAAGUCAUUCAUUAAUCAAUGACGAGGAAUAUUCAUCAUUAUAUGCUGAACUAAAAGAAAAGUAUGGACGAAAGUUUGAGGAAAUUUGGACAGAGGAAGUGACGGAUCCGAAAAAAUACAUUUACGAAGAUAUAGCAAUAGCUGCUUAUUUAAUAACAUUUUGGAAGAGCCAACAGGAAAAGAAACAAAGUUUUCUUGAUUUCGGUUGUGGAAAUGGGCUACUUGUUGCUAUUUUAAGUCUUGAAGGAUAUAAAGGCUACGGAAUCGACUUGAGAAAGAGAAAAAUAUGGAGUAAAUUUGACUCAUCGAUAGAUUUAAGAGAAGUAACUUGGUCACCAACGACAAAUUUAAAUGACGUAGAUUGGAUAAUUGGCAAUCAUUCUGAUGAACUUUCUCCUUGGGUUCCAGUGGUUGCCGCUCAGAAUAGCAUUUCUUGUAACUACUUUUUAUUGCCUUGCUGUGCUUUUGAAUUUUCUGGCACAAAGUUUCAACGCAGAGGUCCAAUGAAAAGUCUUUAUAUGAGCUUCAUUGACUAUUUAACAGAAAUUUCUACGACUUGUGGAUUUAAAUCGACAUUAAUUGAUCGUCUCAAGAUUCCAAGUACGAAAAGAAUAUGUUUAAUUGGUACGGGUAGAGUAUACGAGUCUGAUGAGUUCCAAAAAUAUAGCAAAAAAGUCCAAGACUUUGUUGAUGCAUCUAAUAAGGAAUUUACACCUCGUGAAAAAGAGCUUAAUGUAAGAAACUGCACAAAAAUUGAUAAGAAUUUGUCUGAGAAAAUUGUGAGAAUUAUAUUUGAUGCACUCUUAUCAGAACAGAAAAUACUAGAAAAUUCCAAUUGGAACUGUGGAACAGAAAUAUAUUUGUCUGAUGCUGUUAAAUUGAUAUCGUCAGAUGAUUUAAAGAAGCUAAAGUUUGAAAAUGGAGGUCUACAGACGUUACUCAGGAAUAAGCAUCAAAUCUUUGAAGUGAGAAGUGGAAAGUUGAAAAUCAGGAAGCCAAAGAGAAUAGCAGAGAGGACAAUGUCAAAAAAAGUUGUAUUAAAAUCAAGCCCUUGUUAUUUUCAUUUGUAUCAUAAGCAAGGAUGUCCUUUAAACGACGAAGAAUGUUGUUAUAAGCACUAA